GCUGCUUUUAUUCUGAACAGGACAACCUGCGGACCGCUGGACACGUUUCUACCCCCUUUGCACACUGGACUGGACGAGCUGUGACGCGUUUAGAUCACCAAUGCAAAUAAGCCCCAGUACCCCUCCUCCUCCUCCCCAUCACCUCCUCUUCCUCUCCGACACACACAGAGGCAAUCAGGCACACACAUCCACCCUGCCUGUGCUUUAUAUCACCGUGGCAGCGUUUUCAGAGCGACACAGCGCAGCACUGGCUCGUUCAGUAACAGAGCUCCGGUGAGAGAGAGAGAGAGAGAGAGAGAGCUUAUAUAACACCAGCUCUGGGAGAUACUGGAGAGCCCCGCGGACCCUCGCUGGACAAUAAAGCAGGAAAAACAGCGACCAUGACGGCCAUGAACUGAGAAGUGAUCGUAAGGAUGCCGGAAGAUUUACCUCGAGGAUGUUUCUGGAGUUACUGUCCACAGCUUUGGAGAUUAACACCCUCGCUUUGUGACACAUCUAUUCUUCCACUUCUGGUCUGUGUGGCAACAAUGGACUAAUAUGCACACCCACAGUAGAUGCCACAAGUCUUUGCAAAAUACAUACAGAUUUUCUCAAUUUCUAAUUCAUUAAACAGCCUUUCACUGAGACAAGACAGUGAAACCGUGCAGGUAUGGUGGCACCUGUCUGCAAACUGCAUUGUCUCUUGAAGAGGACUCAGAUGCUGCUGCUUUGCCUGGGCAUCGCCUAUCUGAUGGCAGGCAGCAUCCUGCUCCUGCAGCGCUCCAGCGUCAGAGUGGCUCAGCUAAACCUCGCCAGCUUGCCACCCUUGCUGUCUCUUGCAGCGCCUCCAACCGCUUUCAGGACAGGAGGCCUAGGCAUGAGGGCACGUUCCAGAUGGGCUGCCGUUCAGGCUGUGCCUGGAGCGGGAGCCAAGGCAGGACGACACUGGCCGGCUUCCCGAAGCCUGGGGGUCCAACACUUACAUCGCCGCUGGUUCCACAAUCUGCUGCCAGAGAGUUCAGAACAGAGAGUCUCUCUGCACAGGAAUAACAGGCACAAAGGAACAUACAUGGGGUGCUUCAUGCACAAUGCCAGUGACGGAGCCCUGGGAGGAACUAUGCUUUAUGACCUGCGUAAAAUGACCAGCUCUCUGUGUCAGGACACCUGCUCAGAAAGUGGGUACCAGUUUGCUGGUCUGGAGUACGGAGCUGAGUGCCAUUGUGGGAACCGGAUCAGCAGCCAACAAGCUCCAGAAGAGGACUGUAGUUUGGUGUGCCGAGGUGAGAGGGGGUCUCCUUGUGGCGGCGUGGGCCGUCUCUCCAUUUACAAGGUGGAGGAGCAGCUUCCAGGUCACAGAAAAUUCAAAAACAUUCACUACCGUGGCUGCUUCAAGCUGACAAAAAGCAGUAUUGGCACCUUUCCCAUCUACUCCUUUCAGCCAAAUCUAACCACACAGUCCUGCAUCGAGACCUGUACUGAUAAGGAGCUCCCGCUGGCUGUGUUCAAGAGGCCCAACUGUUUUUGUACGUGGACGUCGUCUCUUUUCAGCAUCAACCAGCAGUCGGACAACCAGCAGUGUGCAGAGAGUGCUGCUGUGAACCACACCACCUCCGCGCCCACUGUUCCUACACACGAUGACCACUACCAGGUGUAUCUUACUCCUGUGCUUGACUCCAGGUGCAAAGAAAGGAUGUUUCUGCCUCAGAAAUCCACCUCCCUGGUGGCUCUUUCUAGUUUCCCCGGUGCAGGAAACACCUGGGUUCGUCACCUGAUUGAGCUUGUGACCGGCUUCUACACUGGCAGCUUCUAUUUUGAUGGCACUCUGUACAACAGAGGUUUUAAAGGCGAGAAGGACUACUGGAAGAGCGGCCGCAGCAUCUGUGUAAAGACCCAUGAAAGUGGCCAGAAAGAGAUAGAGAUGUUCGAGUCUGCCAUCCUGCUGAUCCGAAACCCUUAUCGCUCUUUAAUGGCCGAAUUCAACCGAAAGUGUGCCGGACACUUGGGACACGCCACAGACACACAAUGGAACAGUAAAGAAUGGCCAGAAUUCGUCUCCAGCUAUGCCCCCUGGUGGGCAUCUCACGCUCUGAGCUGGCUGAAGUUUGGACGCCGUCUCUUGGUGGUGCAUUACGAAGAGCUGCAGAGAGAUCUCCUCCCACAGCUCCGUCUCAUCACGUCCUUUCUAAACGUCACAAUCACAGAAGAGAGGCUGCUUUGUGCACAAAGCAACCAAGACGGGCAUUUCAAGCGCUCAGGAGCCCAGCGGUCUUCCUUUGACCCGUUCACUCCUGACAUGAGACAGCUGAUUGACUCCUUCAUUCAGACUGUUGACCAGGCAUUGCAGAGCAGGAACUUUAGUGGUCUUCCACAGGAAUACCUCCCCAGAUGAUGACCUGAAGAUGUCACGUGUAGUCCUUUAAAAUGACUCUUUCAGCAGGGGUUUGAAGACGGAAGUUUUGCACCAAAUCCUCAGCCAGGAAACGCAGCUGAUAUAAAAAGAUCCACCUGACUUGUUUGCAAAGCAGGCGCACUGUGAAUGGCUGUGCAGUCAUAGAAACACAGGGGUCACUGGAAAAACAUCACAAUUCACCAGGAAUCCAGCAGUGAACAGUGUAAGCCUCAGGGCCUUGACCACGUCUUGGAGAGCAGCAAAUAUUGCAAAUACUCAGAGAGGAUUUGACAUGAUUUGUUAGCCUGCAGUGUUGGAUCAUCUAGCUAAGUGUGUAAAUACAGGAUAAACCUUGUCUGGCUUUUCAUUUGCUUUAGUAUACAAGCUGCAUUUUUAGCAUUUGUUAAUGUUCUUUGGUUAAACUAACAGAACACAAACAGAUGCUUCAACCACAGGUUUAUGAACAAGAUGGAUAAAGUCUCAGAACUUGUGUUCGACUGUGUGGAAACUCCUCUAAACUGUGUAUGAAUUUCUAUCAGAAUUUCAUUUCAUUAAAUGUGUUCAGUUUGA